AUGAAUUUCGAAAAUGAAAUACUUUUAUAUGACGAUGACGUUGAAUUUCAAGAAUAUUUAAAUUAUCAACGCAGACCGUAUACUGUACGAAUUAGGGUUGAUCAUUUUAGGACUUGGGAUGAACUAGAUUUUAAAAAUCGCUUUAGAUUAUAUAAAGAAACUGUUAUGAUGAUAUUAAAUAUGAUUGGCCCUACAAUAUCCUCAAAUACAGACAGAAAUGAUGCUAUAACACCUGCACAAAAAUUGUAUUACCUCUGA